UCAGACUCGUUAUUACUGGCGUAGGCAAUUUCAGUCCAUUGGAUGCCAUUCGCAGUUAGUUCAGUAGCGUGGAUGGAGAGAAUAACGCGUGGCUGGAGGAACAAUUGAAAAAUGGAUAAGAUGAUACAACAAAAGGAUGAUCAAAUUAUGAAGCUGCAGGCCCAAUUAUUGGAACAACACAAAAUAUUAGAUAACAGCAAAGCUAAGGAUGCUCAAAUUUUGAGUCUACAAGCUCAGCUAGGGGAAAAGAACAAAUUGGAACGGAACAGUUUCCAAACAGUGAAGGAGGUUUUUCCAAACUCAUCCCUAACUGAACAUGAGGAUGAAUUGGCAUUAGGCGAACACAGUCAGUUAUUCAGUCUACCACCUGACAGCGAGUUAAAGUUACAUUCUGUUAGUGCUGCACUAAAAGAAUUGUUAGUAAUAAGUCCAUGCAGCGAAGGAAGUGAACAAUUGUGGGACCGUAUAUGGGCUGAAAAUGGGUGUGGUACGGAAACCCAGAAAUACCACGAGUUCAACAUAAAACAUAAAUUAGUUACUUUUCGGUUUUUUGUCUAUUGAAAAAGUAUUUUAAUGCUAUUAUUUUGCAUUCACAGAAUUUUAGUGGGGGAUCAAGUCAAGUCUGGAAGUGUUACAGGAUGGAAGAGUGAGCCUACAGUUGAAAAACACUGAAAGUGCAUUACCAUUAAGGUAUGAGGUAAAGUAAUAGAGUAUGCAAAUUGUCUAAUGAGAAGUACCAUCUUGUGUGAAUGAAUCCUGUGUAACAGCAAUCCCUUAUAGUUCUGUCACAGCUAGAAGCCUCAAAUAAUUCUGCUUCUCUUGCUAAAGAACAACUUGUCCUUUACGUUCAGAGUGUUGGUGAAGCUGGGUACUUAAAUGGCCCUAAAGAUGUUUCAUUUCGUUGGCAUUGCAGCGAUGAACAUCAUACAUGGACUUUUAGGAAAGGAUUUUCAGCAUACUGGGAACACAACUAUCAACAAUGCAACAUUCUAGGGGUGCUAUUUUAUCAUUCAAGAGCCUUAUACAAUGAUUUUCAUCUGCAAUUUGUAUGGCCUUUCCCAAGCUUCUGCCAGAAGUUGAAUCUAUAAGUCAUGUAAGUCACAUGAGCAACAAUUGAGAUGCUUAAUGGUGUUGUUUUUCU